GACUCGCCCCUGCCGGUCGCGGGGUGCGCAGGCGGGGAGCCCCUGGCGCACAAGGGACUCGUGCGGUGCAAGCCUCGGGCUGCCGCUGGGGGGCACCGCUGCGCGCUGCGCCUGGCUUCGCUCCGCGGGGACCUUGGCCACCGAACGGAGCACGGCCCGGCCGGGCACCGGGCGAGAGGCGGCGAGGAGCGGACGCCCCAAAGCGGGGGCUGGCUGGCGCCGGGUUCCCAGCGCCCCACGACCUUUCUCCGAGUCCUCCCGAGGACUCUGUGGCCCCCGUACCUCCCACCCCAGCCAGGCGGCCGCUCCCCUCCGUCCUUGGAGAGUGUGGAAGGGUGGGUUUGGGGCCGGGGGCGGGUCUGGGGGCGGACCCGGAGGCGGGGCUGUCUCUGCGGCAGGACCCAGCUCGGCUUCCCCCAGUCUCUCUCUUGUCUCUCCUCCUCCCUCCUCCUGCUCCGGGCGGAGCCCGGCAUGGGGGGGCCGGCGUCCGGCAGGCCAGUGGAUCCGGGACCCAGGGAGGGCCGUCCUCCGGGCCUGGUGGCUCUAAGCAGGGCCCCCCAGCCCCCACCUCCUACUUCACGACAUGAACCUUCUCUACCGAAAAACCAAGCUGGAGUGGAGGCAGCACAAGGAGGAGGAGGCCAGGAGGAGCUCCAGUAAGGAGGUGGCUCCUGCAGGCUCGGUAGGGCCCGGGGCUGGCCCGGGGCCCGGGGUCCGUGUGCGGGACAUCGCCUCUCUGCGCCGCUCCCUCAGGAUGGGCUUCAUGACUAUGCCCGCCUCCCAGGAGCACACCCCCCACCCCUGCCGCAGCGCCAUGGCCCCUCGAUCCCUCUCCUGCCACUCGGUGGGCAGCAUGGACAGUGUGGGGGGUGGUCCUGGGGGAGGAGGUGGGGGUCUCACUGAGGACAUCAGCACACGAAGACCCCCGGCCAAGCCCCGGAGACACCCCAGCACCAAGCUCAGCAUGGCAGGGCCCGGGGCAGAGACGCCCCCUAGCAAGAAGGCAGGCUCACAGAAGCCAGCCCCAGAGGGCCGAGAGUCUAGCCGGAAGGUUCCUCCGCAGAAGCCCAGGCGAAGCCCCAACACCCAGCUCUCUGUCUCCUUCGAUGAGUCCUGCCCCCCAGCUCCCUCUCCCCGAGGGGGAAACUUGCCCCUUCAGCGCCUCAGUAGAGGGUCCUGCAUCGCUGGGGACCCUGAGGUGGGUUCCCAAGAAGAAGAGCCAGUGUACAUUGAGAUGGUGGGGGAUGUCUUCAGGGGAGGAGGGAGAUGUGGAGGGGGCCUGACUGGGCCCCCUCUUGGGGGUGGGGGUCCGACCCCUCCAGCUGGCGCCGACUCAGACUCGGAAGAGAGCGAGGCCAUAUACGAGGAGAUGAAAUAUCCGCUGCUCGAGGAGGCAGGGGAAGGCCGGGCCAAUGGGCCCCCUUCGCUGACCGUCGCCUCCUCGCAACACCAGCCUCAUGCCCUCCAGCCCCACACCCACCAUCGUCCAGCCUCAGCCCUCCCAAGCCGGAGGGACGGGACACCCACCAAGACCACUCCUUGUGAAAUCCCCCCGCCCUUCCCUAACCUCCUUCAGCAUCGCCCUCCACUUCUGGCCUUCCCCCAAGCCAAGUCUGCUUCCCGAACCCCUGGCGAUGGGGUCUCAAGGCUACCAGUCCUCUGCCACUCCAAGGAGCCAGUGGGCUCUACCCCAGCUCCCCAAGUGCCUGCCCGAGAGCGGGAGACGCCUCCCCUACCACCGCCGCCUCCUGCUGCCAACUUGCUGCUGCUGGGACCCUCGGGCCGGGCCCGGAGCCACUCAACACCGCUGCCACCCCAGGGCUCUGGCCAGCCCCGGGGGGAGCGGGAGCUCCCCAACUCCCACAGCAUGAUCUGCCCCAAGGCGGCAGGGGCGCCGGCAGCCCCUCCUGCCCCAGCCACCUUGCUCCCUGGCCCCCCCAAGGACAAGGCCGUGUCUUACACCAUGGUGUACUCAGCAGUCAAGGUGACCACCCACUCCGUCCUGCCAGCUGGGCCUCCCUUGGGUGCUGGGGAGCCCAAGACAGAGAAGGAGAUCUCAGUCCUCCAUGGGAUGCUGUGCACCAGCUCGAGGCCCCCCUUACCUGGGAAGUCCAGCCCCCACAGCGGAGCCAUGGGCACAGCAGCUGGGGUUCUCCAUCACCGAGGCUGCCUGGCCUCCCCACACAGCCUUCCGGACCCAACUGCAAGCCCCCUAACCCCCCUCUGGACCUACCCAGCCUCAGCAGCUGGGCUUAAGAGACCCCCUGCCUAUGAAAGCCUCAAGGCUGGGGGGGUGCUGAAUAAGGGCUGUGGAAUGGGGGGCCCAUCCCCCCUGGUCAAGAUCCAGCUGCAAGAGCAAGGGACUGAUGGGGGUGCCUUUGCCAGUAUUUCCUGUGCCCACGUCAUCGCCAGUGCAGGGACACCAGAAGAAGAGGAGAUGGGCGCAGCGGCAUUUGGGGCAGGCUGGGCUCUGCAGCGGAAGGUCCUGUAUGGAGGAAGGAAGGCAAAAGAACUGGACACAGAGGCUGAGGAGAGUGCCCGGGCCUGGAAUGGCAGCACCGAGGGUCCAGCCAAGGUGGAGCGCGAGGACAGGGGUCCUGUGGCAUCAGGGAUCCCAGUGAGGAGCCAGGGGGCAGAGGGCCUGCUGGCCAGGAUCCACCACGGAGGAGACCGAGGAGGGAGUCGCUCGGCGCUGCCCACACCCUGCCAGACCUUUCCGGCCUGCCACCGAAACGGAGACUUCACCGGAGGCUACCGCCUGGGGCGCUCUGCCUCCACCUCUGGAGUCCGGCAGGCCGUGUUCCACACUCCCAGACCCUGCAGUCAGCCCCGGGAUGUCCCCAGCCAGACCCACCCUGCACUGCCGCUGCCUCUGCCCCUGCCGCCCCAGCCGGCCCGCGAGCGCGACGGCAAGCUGCUGGAGGUGAUCGAGCGCAAACGCUGCGUGUGCAAGGAGAUCAAGGCGCGCCACCGGCCCGACCGGGGCCUCUGCAAGCAGGAGAGCAUGCCCAUCCUCCCCAGCUGGAGGCGGGGGCCCGAGCCCCGAAAGUCCGGCACCCCGCCCUGCCGCCGGCAGCACACGGUCCUCUGGGACACUGCCAUCUGAGGAGGGCGGGAGGCCGGGGCAGCAGGACUGGGGAGCAGGGCAGGGCUCUCCGAGAGACUUGCCUUGAAUGAGGGACCCUUGAAGGACCAGGUGAGAGAGAGCCACCCCGGCCCUUCAUCCUAACCCCUGGAGGCGGGGAGUCUGCCAGGCCCACUGGGCUUGGGGCAUUAGCAGUACCCACAGACAUUUGGGGGAGGAGGAGGGUUUGCUUGAAGUUGGGAGUGAGGCUCUCACUGCUCUUCCCACUCAGCGUGGUAGACCCCUCCCGAGAGGGCAAAGGCCAAGCCAGAGGUCAGCAUGGGGGUGGAGGGAAGGGUUAGGGAGGAAGGGGACGGGCCAACUGAAGGAGGGACUAGAGAGUGAGAGGUGAAGGAGCUCUUAUAGAGUCGGGAAUUGGGGAGGGCAUAUUUAUUUUAUUUAUUUUAGUCUAGAGGGCAAUUCUGCCACCACCACCACCCCCCCCGCCCCCCAGGCAGGGAGUGGGGAGUCAGAGCAAUUAAAGGAAAGCACGUUUGCACUCUCCCCAACGCCUAAAAGCCCCACUAUCCAGGCCUGCCCCAAAGCUAGGGAUUGGUCUGGAGGGCAGCAGACUCAUUUACAGUAUUUACAAGUCGCCAGAAUUUGGUAGGGAGCUGGCCUGUUCUGAAACAGGCAUCUUCUUUAGCUCUGGAGUGAGGAUCUGGCACCAGGGAUGGGUGGGAUGAUGGGGAAGGAGGGAAAUUUUUGUGGGUGGGGGGAGGGCAGGGUAUUUAUUUAAAUUUUAAAAAAUCAGAAGAGAUGUCAGGAAUUUUUUUUUUAAUUCCUUUCUUGCAGAAUAAUAUAUUAAAAGACUAAUGAUCCUAAAACUGGCUUCUUAAAUUUCAGUGUGCUCUGCCUUUCUUACAUUUGUUUCCUUUUCCCUCUGACCCUUGGUUUGUGGGAAUUGAGGGUUGUGCAGGGAGGGUUGAGUGGCUGUAGUAAUGGGGACAGGUGGAGUGUGAGGUAAGUUUUCAGUGACUCGACAUAUUUAUGGAGCAUCUGAUGUGUGCUUGACAAUGUGCCGAUGCAGAAGGAAUAUUCAAACUAAAACCUGCCCUCGAGCAGUUGUGAUCUACCCAGGGAGAUAAACUACCUGAGCUGACACUAGCCAGGGCUCCAGGAGUAAGAGAGGGAGAGGGCUGGGAUCAGCUGAGAAUGCUUCUUGGAAAUGGAGCCUAUAAGGACAGGUAAGGUUUGGAUGAGCAGGGGGAGGAAAGUCCCAAAGUCACAGUGAUUGUCUGUAGAACAGUAGAAGAUGGGGGUACGGGCCAGGAAGUGUGUUUAAAUUAUACAGACGAAGCCCUGGCCGGUGAGGAGCCGGAGGGGCUCAGUUGUCUGAAGGGCCAUCCCAUACACCAAAAGGUUUUAGGUUCGAUUCCUGGUCAGGGCAUGUGCCUAGGUUGCAGGUCCCAUUUCCUGUUUGGAGGAGUAUGGGAGGCAACUGAUGGAUAUUUCUCUCCCACAACAAUGUUUCUCUCUCCCUCUCUCUGUAGAAUCAAUUAAAAAAUAACAACAACAAACAUAUCCUCAGGUGAGGAUUAAUAAAUAGACAAACAAUACAGAGGGCAAUAGGGAGUCAGCCAUGAUGAAGCUGGUUGAGAAAGAUGGGCUUCAAAGGAACAUGCUGGUCUUGGGGAAGGAACCGUGACAAAUCCCGGGAGGUGACGUAUCACGGGGAGGAGGAUGAAAACAAUGUCUGGGAGAAUGGAGAACA